AUGCCGAUGUUCGUCGUGAACACCAACGUGCCCCGCGCGUCCGUGCCCGACGGGCUUCUCUCCGAGCUCACCCAACAGCUGGCGCAGGCCACCGGCAAGCCGGCGCAGUACAUCGCGGUGCACGUGGUCCCGGACCAGCUCAUGGCUUUCGGCGGCUCCAGUGAGCCGUGCGCGCUCUGCAGCCUGCACAGCAUCGGCAAGAUCGGCGGCGCGCAGAACCGCGCCUACAGCAAGCUGCUGUGCGGGCUCCUGGCCGAGCGCCUGCGCGUCAGCCCAGACAGGGUCUACAUCAACUACUACGACAUGAACGCGGCCAACGUGGGCUGGAACAGCUCCACCUUCGCCUGA